UCAGACUGUUUACACCUGCAGCUCUACAGAGACUCCAAAGACAGAUACAAACAAGGCCAAACCAAAGCUUCCCUCUCUCUGGAGCACUUCCUCGGCUUAGAGAGUGGCUUUACUUUAGAUAAGGAAUCACAUACCGUAGCUAUUUUAUGUCAAGAUGUCGUUGUCGUACUAGCCUUUGACAACCGGGAAAGACUUAUGCAAUGGCAGGUAAAACUAAGUUCGCACCUCAACGACGGUCCCCAUUUCUUAGUCCUCGUGUCUUCCUCGCCGCCAAAAUCGAGGCUGCCCCCGGGUCCGGCCAGACUUCACGUCCAAGAAAGGGGUUUCUGCCUAACGACGGGGGUUCCCCCAAGGGUGGCUGGUCAGUGGCUUAUUAGUAAUUUAAGAAGAUAUGGAGUGGUAGAAGGAAGGUUUUGUUUCGAAGGAGGGUCCAGAUGUAUAAAGGGAGAGGGAUUAUACGUACUACUUACCGAUCAGGGAGAAGAAAUCACGUCCACAUUGAAGGCAGCUGCUGUAGGGAAUCUUCAUUCGUCUAGACGGAGACCUGUUUCUAGAAAUAUGUCAGUUAUGGACAGCCCUCGUCGCGGUCCAAUGAGAGCAACCGGCGGAAUAGGAUUGGAAUUGAGCGACUCAUCUUUAAUUUCACGUGCAGAUUCUCCUUAUACAGACAUGGAAAGCAAUUACGGCUGUGGUGAUAGUAUAUCAAAUGAUGGUUGGGGCCCACCGCCCAUUGAAAGGUGUAUGAGCUGUAUUAGCAAACUUGGUGCAAUGUCUAGGUCUUCAACUGCAACUGUAACUAUAGGAACGCCCUGUUGGGAACAUACUUGCGAUCGUCAUUCAAUCAGCAGCAGCUCUGACAGUAGUGGAUGGAGUCAAGCCGUUACCAAACCACCAGCGAGACCCCCAAAACCUGGAACAACAUCACCGAACAUGAAGAAACCAGCUGCCCCACCACCUCAGUCAUCCUACGAUAACUACGACAUUCCCAAAAUACCUUAUCCAGUGGAACAGAAAAUGGAAGAACUCUACGAUACUCCACGCAAACUGAAGGAAUGCAUUCAAGGUUUUAGUUUCGAAACCGUUCAAAAACCUUGUGGUUGUAUAGUGCGAAUUCGUCAACCUGAGCCAGAACGACCAUGCGUUUGUCAGCGUCUCUUGUCCUGCUGGUCGGGCACAGAAGAUGUCCAUGCCAUUUAUGCUACUGUUGAUUAUUCGAAGAAAACGCAUCGCCAGCAACCGGUCGCGACAGCAGCAAAUUAUGCCAAUUUAGCUCCAGCAACAAUAACCACAACUACUGCUCCAACUUCUAGCAACUACGAAAACAUGGAAUUUGCUCAAACUCUUCAGUUAUAUGAAAAUAGUAAGGAAAUAGCAGAUAAAGCGAAAACAAUGUGCACAAAAUGUGGCCACGCUCAAGAAGACUACCUCAUGAUGGAGCCAUCCAAUAAACCAUCACAACCUCAUCCAGGAUAUAUUCCUAUGUCUCCAGCUGUCAAGCAACGUUUAGGUAAAGUCUUGUCAAACAGCAACCCAAAUCUUGGCCCAGCUUUAGACCGAUCCAAUAAACCAUCCGGUUCUUCUAUGUUACAAGGCACUAUAUAUCAGCGAAAGCAAAUUUUAGACAACGUUGACAACCUGGAUAUCCGAAGAAAAAGAUCGAACUCUGCAGAUUCCUCAACUGGCCGGUAUGAACCUGAACCGGAGCCAGAAACAUCACCAUGCCAUUGUAACCACACCGCUAUAGCGGUAAGAAGAUCUUCAUCAGUUCCUUGUAAAUCAAACAGAGAUUCUUCAAGUUCCAACGAUUCAGGAGUAUUUGAACUGCCACGAAAACCACAAAUAUGUGCGAAUCAGACAUUGCCAAGACGAUCGAAGUCAUCGGAUCCUCUUAGGGAUUUGACAUUUCAAUUUACAAAAACGGAAAAUAAGUCUGCCAGCGCUGAAGCCGAGGUACCGGUUUGUCCAUCUGGUUCAACUAGCAGCGGAACUUCUGAUAUGUCUGAUUACUUCGAAACGUUAUCAUUGUCUUCUCACAGCUCAAGUGAUGCUCCACCUCCUAGUUGCACGUUGAGGCCGCGGUCAGGCAACGAAUAUUUAACAAUGCAGAGACUUAUCGCUCCAGUUCCAGAAGAGCGGCAUUAAACUAGUCUACUUAGAAGCAAUAAAUUGAAUAGUAUCUAGUACAAUAUACAUAUUAUUAAUAUUAUUAUGUCUGUAAUCUUUUUCUGUAUAAAGGUAUUUACUUUAUAAAUAAAUUAUUCAUCAA